UCCCUGGGAGACACGUUGUCGGGCCUCUCCAAUAGCCUCAGGGUGAAGCCAGAGAGUCCUUUCCCUUGGCCAGCCCUCGCCUCAGGAAGGCACCCCUUCCCUUAGCUCCCAAGGGCCCAAUUUCCCCCCAGACACUCUCUUGAGGAAAGAGAGCAAAGACGGCCUCAUGAAUGAAGCUGGAGAGGGCACCUCCACAGAGAUGGCCGCUUCAAUCUCUCCCCAAGCCGCACAGAAACAACUCAUGUCACUGGGAAGCGGAGAUCCUCCAGGGGCCCUAGUCACCGGCACCCUCAGCGGGGACCCGAUCACUAAGGCCGCUGUGGCAGGGGGCACCAAGGGAAAGGCUCCCAAGAAGGUCAUCGCCAAGAGGGUGCGAGGCUCAGUCAAGUGGUUUAAUGUGAAGAAUGGGUAUGGCUUCAUCAGCAGGCAUGAUACUCAGGAAGAUGUGUUUGUUCACCAAACUGCUAUCACCCGGAACAAUCCUCACAAGUAUCAACGCAGCGUGGGCGAUGGAGAGACGGUUGAGUUCGAUGUAGUGCAAGGUGAGCGGGGCACCGAGGCCGCUAACGUUACUGGACCCGCAGGUGCUCCAGUGGAGGGCAGCCGCUAUGCGGCUAACCGUCCCCGCUUCCGCCCAGGCUGCUACAUUAAUCACCGUGAGCCACCACCGGGAAGAUCCCGGGAUGCCAAGGACCAUCUGGAUGAAGGCGAGGAUGGCUGCACGGGCUUCACCGCAUGCUUCACAGUAGCCCAGGCCCCGCGGCGCUACCUUCCCAGUCGACCUCAAGAUCAAUCACUGUGGCGCUUCCCGCCCUUCCGCAGGCCGCAGGUCCUGGCCCUCCGUCCAUCGCUCCUCCCUCAUCCCCACGGCCCGUGGGCCUCUCACCUGGCCUGGUCAGUACCAGCCUCAAAGCCUGAGGUCACACCGAGGAGGGGGCUGGGCCCCAGCUACUUGCUGAGUCGACCCAGGGGCAGAGGAAUGCCUCAGGGGCCAGGAACCUCACCGGUCAUCUCUGAGGACCUGGAGGCAGAAAAUAAGGAAAGCAGGCGCAAAGCAGGUGGCCCUCAGCAGAGGCCACCACCACGCUAUGGAUCCCGGCGUCCCAACAACCCGAUCCGUCAUCCCCAGAAGGCACACGGCACUGAGGGCCAAGACCUUCAGGAGAAAGAGGGUAAGAACCCUGGGAUGGGCCCAGCUGAAACUCCUGUUUGUGCUAUUGUGGAUAAGAAGAGCAGCGUUGCCGAGAAGGAGGACCCUGACGUCCCAGACGCCUCCUCUGCAGCCCAGGCCGAGUAGCGGCUUGGAUCUCUCUCCAGGGACUACCUGGCCUGUGCUGCAGGUGAAGUCCCUUUGAGGAGAUGAUGAUGCCCUUUGGUGUGACCUAGUCUCCAAAGGGCAGUUAAAAAAAUAGACAUUCAAUAUUGGACUCGCCAUGAGAAAAAUACAUGACCCUUUACCCAAGAUUUGAGGAGUAACCUACAAGAUCUGUGUAUUUCUAAAUACCAUCUUAGCAAGCAUCUGCCUCCAAAGUUUCAGUAUACAUGCUAGCACCCAACUCUGAACAUAAAAUUUCUGAUGACCAGGACCACAGUUAGUACUCUGAAUUCCCUGUUGAGUUAGUUGAACCCUUUAGAAAAUGGCUUUCAUUUUAAAUUGAACAGCAUGAAAAUAAUUACAAAAUAUUGAAGACUAUCUGACAAGUGGUCAAUUUCUCAAUAAAUCAUUUCAUCCUGCUUUCAACUGUUA